UUUUCUCAAAAAGUUGUGGGUUCUUUUUGUUUCCUGAGAAAAUUAAGGGAAAUGAAGAAAAAUUUGAAAACUUGAAUCGUUGUAAGAAACAAAGGGAAGAAUAAAAAAAGUGAGACUCCACAUGUCAUGAGAUUUUGUCUUUCCAAGUAUUGAGACUCUAGAAAUUGAAAUCUAAGCUGAAAUUGGAUAUGCAACUCGUCGGUGUAGUAAAAUUGAUUUUGCUCUUUUUGGGAUGUUGACAUCACAGGAAAAAAAGAAGAUUUAAAAGUGGAUAUUUGGUGUUUUUAAUUUGUUUUUCCCCAUGCUUUCUGGAUGACUAAACGAGGGCUUCAUGUUUCUUCUGUAGCUCAAGCUUGUUCCUUUAACUUUGUUUUAGAAUCUUGAUACUUUGGUUUACUUGUUCGUUAAGCGAUUUUGAGAGUGAAUGAACAUGAAACAUGUUUUUAGCUUUUUAUUUGGCAUUCUUUGCUUCAAGCCUUGGGCAUUUGGUAGUUAUAUUCUUCGGUUUCCCUUCGCAUGGAGUUCUGUAGGAAAUAUGUAUUCUAGGUGUUGUUUUUGGUCUCAGACAGCGAGAUGCUUUGAGAAGAAAUUGUGCUGUUCAUUUUUUGUGUUUUCCAGUGCUUGCUUUCGAGCUUUUGUGGUUGUAGUUAUGGAGAAAAUCCAUAGGAAAUGCAAGGCUCUUUUCAGAAGCAGAGGCUGUCUUGGAUGCUGUAGCCAACCCCGACUACUUAUUCCUGUCGACGAGCCAUCAAACGGACUGAGAAUUCAAGGUCAAUCAGUGAGAAAAAAUAGCAUAUCAGAGGAUUUCUGGAGCACUAGCACAGUUGAAAUGGAGAACAAUGGAAUCCAGUUUCAGAAAAGCAUCUCAUCAAUUAGCACUUCAAACCCCCUUGAUUCCCACGGUACUUCUGGCAGCACAAGCAGUGCACCUGAAUUUGUAAAUCAUGGUCUUUUACUCUGGAACCAGACGAGGAAUCUGUGGCUUGCAAAUAAACAGCCUCAACGCCAGACACAACUUCGAGAACCCAGAAUAAGUUGGAACGCCACUUACGAGAGCUUACUCAGUACCAACAAGCCUUUUCGCCAGCCGAUCCCUCUUCCUGAAAUGAUCGAUUUUCUCGUCGAUAUUUGGGAGCAAGAUGGUUUGUAUGAUUGACCAAGAAAACCCAAAAAAAAAACACUUUCUUCUCUUCCUUUUUGCCCAGCUUUGUAAUUUACAUAAAUACUGAUGGUUUGCUUAAUUAUCAAUUGCUACUUUACAAUA